AGGUGAUCCACUUUCGGGGACGACAACUGGUCCGUUGAAUACGGCUUGGUUUCCACUGCCUGAUGCUCGUUUUUAGGCCUCUCUUAGCGUCCAGUCAUGGAGCUUUCCCCGGAUUAAUUGCAGAGACACCUCCAACAAUUGGUGGGGAAUCACCCUAUAAUUGCCGUAAGGGGCUUCAUUGCCGUUUCUAUCAAGGGUCUCCUUCCAUCCCUAAGUAACCCCCUAGCGAAUGAGAGGGAGUGGGUUCACCGGUAGUUAACAUAAUCCUUCUCGUUAUAAAGACGUUUUUGCGUCCCACCUUCGCGACAUUCCAGAGUACGCACUUGGCCAGCAGUCACCAUGGUUGUAGUAGGAAAGCAACGUGAAGAAGAUGUGUCCGAGCCCGUCCUGGCCAACCUAUUGGCCAAUGAUCGAACGCCUUGGUACAAGAAGCCUAACCUGAGACAUUUGUACUUUAUCCUCUUCCCCGCCUGUAUGGGCAUUGAGAUCACCUCGGGGUUUGACUCCCAGAUUAUCAAUACCGUGCAAAUUGUGUAUACUUGGAAUAAAUACUUUGGGCACCGGACGGGUAAAAUCGUGGAUGGGAAGCCCCAGUAUGAAAUUGAAGCAAACCUCAAGGGCUUUUUAGGAGCGGCUUAUUCCCUAGGAGCCAUCCUUGCUCUUCCCUUUGUACCAUGGAUCAAUCAGCGCUUUGGAAGAAGAUGGACCAUCCUGUUCGGGUCUUGCAUUAGCCUGCUGGGUGCGCUCCUGCAGGGGCUCGCGAACGGAGUCGCAAUGUAUAUUGUCGCACGCAUAAUGCUGGGCUUCGGUAUUCCCUUUUGCAUCGUGGCUGGAUCGUCCCUCAUUGGAGAACUCGGCUAUCCCAAGGAACGACCGAUCCUCACCUCCUUAUUCAAUUCUUCGUAUUUUAUUGGCCAGAUUGUCGCUGCCGCUGUGGGCUUAGGGACCGUGACUAUCGCAACCGACUGGGCGUGGAGGAUCCCAUCACUCCUCCAAUUGGCGCCAGCAAUGAUUCAGGUCAUCUUUGUUUUCUUUCUACCAGAGAGUCCCCGAUAUCUGAUCAGCAAAGACCGGCGCGAAGAAGCUUUUGAUAUCUUGACUAGAUAUCAUGCUGAAGGAGACCGCAACUCCGUUAUCGUGCGCGCAGAGAUCACCCAAAUUGAACAAACUAUUAAACUCGAGCUCGAAGAGGCCAAACAGAGCUGGUGGGAUAUGUUCCGCACUGCAGGCAUGCGGCGUCGAAUGCUCAUAUCCGCAUUUCUGGGCCUGUUUACCCAGUGGUCCGGAAAUACCUUAAUCUCAUAUUAUCUCAGCGAUUUGCUGAAUAUGGUCGGGAUCACCGACGGAGUGAUCAAGUCCAAAAUCAACAUCGGCAUUGCCUGUUGGGGAUUGGUCUGCGGAACGGCUUUGGCUCUCACCGUGCCGCGGUAUAAGCGCCGAACGAUGUAUUUGACUUGUGCGACUUCGUUGCUUUGCGUGUACAUUGCUUGGACUAUUUCCAUGGAGCGGUUCAUGACAACAGGAGUCAAGGCAGCGGCGAUAUUGACUAUCUUUUUCAUUUUCUGCUACUCUCCUGCAUAUAACCUGGGUUAUAAUGCUCUAACAUACACUUACCUGGUGGAAAUAUUCCCCUACUUUGGCCGCUCCCGGGGUCUCUCCUGGUUCCAGUUCUAUGGUCGUGGGGCCGGUUUCUUCGCCACAUAUGUCAAUCCCGUCGGACUCAAGAAUAUUAGUUGGCGAUGGCUGUUGGUCUACUGCUGCUGGUUGGCCUUUGAAUUGGUCUUUAUCUACUUCUUGUUCCCGGAGACGUCUGGACGGACCUUGGAGGAAUUGUCGUUUAUGUUUGAGGGUAAAGAGAAGGCGGAUGAAGUGGCUGCGGCGGUGCACAAGCAGAUUGGGGCGAAUGAGAAGAAGGAAGGUCAGGUUUAGCGGUUUGAUUUAUGACGCCUUAUGAUAUUCCAUUUUGCAGGUCUCUGGUGCGAUAUUGCUGAAUUUAUGAAUUACUAGUGAUUCCUG